GAAAGUCUCGGUCGAUGCCGUUGAGGAAGCGCGAGUGCCUCUUCAAGUCAUAAACAAUCCAUUAUUUUUAACUAUCGCCCCGCUUUCACGUAACGCUCCAGUCUGGAUUGUGGUAGUCCCGACCGUUAAGACAACAUGUAGUCGGGAUAACUGCGAGCUGAUCCCGCGAAUAUGUUAAACACCGAGUGGGCACAAGUAGAAGUUAUUGAUUUAAUCAACGACGGUUCAGGCUUGGCUUUUGGCAUUAUUGGCGGAAGAAGUACCGGAGUGGUGGUGAAGACAAUUCUGCCUGGAGGAGUGGCCGAUCGGGACGGUCGGUUACAAAGUGGAGACCACAUUCUCCAAAUUGGAGAAGUGAACCUAAGGGGGUUGGGUUCUGAGCAGGUGGCUUCUGUUCUGCGCCAGUGUGGUGUGCAUGUGCGCAUGGUAGUGGCCAGACCAGUUGAAUCAACCACAGCGGAUAUCCAGACUUUGGGCAGUCACGCACCAAUAGUGCCAACGAAAAUUCUAGGCGAUCCUGUGGAACUCGACAGGCAUUUGAUAGAAAAUGGAUUUGCAGGAACUUGCGCCCCAUCGCCACCCAUCCCCUACGUUCCGCUUAUUUACGGGGCGCACAAUCCCAUCUCGGAUAUUGUCGACGUGGUCAGAAACCCUCUGCCCAUCGGCAAAAUUCCGAUUCCCAAGAUUUGCCCGCCACCGCCGCCCUUUUCGCCGCCAUCGCUCAUGAAUGUUAAAAAUGCAGAUUUGCCUGAAACCGAAAUUUAUGCCAUCGAACUGAGAAAAAACGACUUGGGAUUGGGUAUAACUAUCGCUGGCUAUGUGUGCGAAAAAGAGGAAAUUUCUGGGAUUUUCGUAAAGAGCAUUAGCAAAGGCAGCGCCGCAGAUUCAACCAAAAUCAUCAAAGUGAACGAUCGAAUAAUCGAGGUGAAUGGAACUUCUGUGAUAGGCUUUACAAACCACCAAGCUGUAGAAGUUCUAAAAAACACCGGAUCUUUAGUCAAUAUUAAAUUCGAGCGGUACCUUCGAGGCCCCAAAUAUGAACAAUUGCAACAAGCGAUCAAGGCAAAUGAAAUGCGCCCUCCAUCUCCGCCAUCCCCGACGAUUUCUUCCCUCCCCAAAGUCCCAUUUAGUUUAGUGCACAUGAGCCAUUUGGGUAUUGAACCUGAAGGCGAAUCGCACACUAGUAUCGAUUUCGAUUCGGCGGUUCUUUUCGAAUCCAUCAGUCCAGUGGAUGAGGAGAAGGAGAUUGUGAUCGAUGGUGGCAAGUCGCUGCAGUUUAGUAUUAAGAGUCAAGAGGCGAUUUUUGAAAAAUGGAAAGAUUUGAUCGAUAAAAGUGCACAAAUUGUGAUAGCGGAAAUGAACAAAACAGAACAAAGCGGACUAGGGAUUAGUUUGGAGGGCACGGUGGAUGUGGAGGAUGGGAAGGAGGUCAGACCGCAUCAUUACAUCAGGAAUAUUCUUCCAGAUGGGCCGGUUGGCCUCAACGGUGUUUUGCAAUCUGGCGAUGAAUUAUUGGAGGUGAAUGGAAUUCAGCUACUCGGACUCAAUCACCUUGAAGUAGUUUCAAUUUUAAGGCAACUUCCUACUUUCGUCAAUCUAGUUUGUGCUCGGUACCCUGUUCCUAUUAGAAUAAUUGAUACAUCGCAGCAUCCCGAAGCGUUCCAAGCCAGAAAAAUCCUGGCCGGCAGUCUACAGACUCUUAUUCCAACUGCGGACGCUUCGCGUCUUGUCAAAGCCAAGUCCGAAUCGUCAAUCGCUUCCAGUUUGGGCAGCGAAGCAGUGAGCACAAGCAAAUCCAGAUCUCUGGAACUGAUCGCCGGACUGCCCAUGUGGUGCGAAGAAGCCACCAUUGUAGAAUUAAGUAAAGGGGACCAUGGCCUGGGAUUUUCCAUUUUAGAUUAUCAGGACCCGUUAAGUCCUCAAGAAACUGUGAUAGUCAUCCGUUCUCUAGUGCCGGGUGGUGUAGCGCAAGCCGAUGGCAGAUUGAUUCCAGGAGAUCGAUUAUUGGCAGUCGAUAAUAUUGAUGUUAGUCGUGCGCCUCUAGAUACUGCCGUCCAGGUGCUCAAAGGCCUACCAAAGGGUUCGGUAAAAAUUGCCGUUGCCAAGCCUUUAAAUGGAGGCGAUGCAGUUUCCCGCACCAGCCAGGAAACUGAAGAAGAUCAGACCUGUCUCGAGGACUUCCAAGAAUGCAUCGAAGAAUUCCAGGAAGAUCUGGUGAGCGUGCCGAUUUUCAUCGAAGAUGAACACUCGUUCAACCAUUCGCCGUGUACAUCGCAAGUGGAGGAUUUCGGGCAAAAAAACUUCCAUCGUCACAACCACGUUUCGAACGCAGACAUUUUAGAAAAUAACUAUCUGAAUAUCAAAGAGUUAGCUAGGGAUAGUAUCGGUGACAGUGAUAUCGAUAUUAGUUUCAAAAGUACGAACGAUAACUGUUUGGACCACAGCGGAAGAAAUGGCGGUUGUGAUAAUAUUCAAUUGAUAAUGAAGAGUCAGAAACGGACGUGUUUUGAGAAAACCGACAGCUUGACGCAGAGCGAAAAACCCUCGUUGUCCGACAAGGAUGACUAUGAAACGUGCAUGAGCGACUCCUUGUCGGAGAACAAUACCAAAGUGGAAAAACCUCAAGUACAAAUCCUCGACGAUAACGUCAACGUUGAAACUUUCUUCGGAAUGGACGAUACAACCCCCACAAAUUCUAAAGUAGAUUUAAGCAACUCUAGUCACUUUUAUACUACCAGCUUCUUUAAAACCAGUGCCACGAAUCAAGUGCCAAGUUCAUCCGAACCAUGUUUGCCUACGGAACCCUUUCCCAACUCCAAAUCCAUUUGCCUUGAAACGAAACUGGACGAUUUGAAGUCGUAUGAUAAUCAGGACGUUUGUGAAGGCGACGAGUUUUUUCUAGUCCAAUACCCUUCGGAACCAUCGAAACAAGUGGUGUGUAAAAGUGUCAGUGUGCCCAACGUUCAAGACAAUUCCGAUCUUUCCGCCAAUAGCAAACUUACCUAUAAACUUCGCGAGUAUUACAAUGACUAUGAAAAUUGUCUGGAUGCGUACAAGGAAGCAACGAUUUUCGAGAAAAUCAGCUGGGAAAUGAGCGAUUCGCAGAUUUUCAACGAGAUUUUUUUACCGUUCAAAAGCCGAUCAGCACCCAAUGUUAUGGACAGGUCUUUUGUUACACUCACUUAUGAUCCUGGACCUGAUUCGGGUCGAAGAAAAUCUGCUUUCGUUGCAGGCUAUCCGAUUAAUGAAUGUGAAAUGACGGUGAUACGGCACAUCGAACCCGAUUACGGAAACAUGAAGAACCACAAAGAAAGUGCUGUGCACAAGCAUUGGGGCUCCACUCAUGUACUCAAAGUCUUCAGGGAAGCGAACAAAAGUUUGGGCAUCAGCAUUGUUGGAGGAAAGGUAGAUGUGCAAUCUUCAGAUCAUCAAACCGAAGCUCUGUUGGGGAUAUUUGUUAAGCAUGUCACUCCCGAGUCUCCAGCAGGAAAAACGGGCCAAUUCAAGACGGGAGACCGGAUAUUAGAAGUAAGUGGCAUCGAUUUAAGGGAGGCGACUCAUGACAAGGCCGUGGAAGCCAUCAGGAGUGCUCCUAAUCCUGUCGUGUUCCUCGUUCAGUCCCUAAUUCCCUGGUUAAAUUUGCAACAUGACAAUAAUAUAGCCGAUGAUAACGACUGCCGUUUGCCUUUGUCAUCGCCAAACACUCAGGAGAAAAAAGGACUUGCCGUAAAUUUCGCUGAUAACGGGAAUGCCCCCGAACUUCCUGUUAACCAUCAAGAUGAUCAAUGUGUUUCAAAAGAAGAUUCCAAUGAGCACAACGAAGAAAUAAGCUCUUUAUCGGAAAUUAACAAACCUACUGCCGACCAGUCUGUGAUUAUUGACUCGGGAAGUGAUGAGGAGGACGAAGAAGAUGCAGCUGAACUGGAAGGUAGAACAGUUUCAUCUAAAGGACAUCAGAUUGAUCGAGCCAGUGCGGCAAAUUUCAAACGAAGCAAAGAAGAAAUUGCUGCAGAUAAGGAGGAGGAAGACGACUUCGGAUACACUACAAAUAAAGUGAAAAAAAAGUACGGAAAUCUGGGUCAUACCAUUCUCAUGGUGCAAUUGGAGCGCGAUUCAGGAGGAUUGGGUCUAAGUCUGGCUGGACACCGAGAUCGAAGCUGUAUGGCUGUUUUUGUCUGCGGAUUGAACCCGAAUGGAGCCGCUUUCAAAACAGGAUCUGUAGAGAUCGGCGACGAAAUUUUGGAAGUCAAUGGUGUUGUGCUACACGGUCGAUGUCAUCUGAACGCUUCUGCGAUUAUUAAAGGUCUAACAGGACCUGUUUUUAAAGUCAUUAUUUUAAGGCGAAAAGCUGCCGUCGAUGAUAUUGCCGUUAAACCAAUCACUCAGUUUCCAGUUUCACUUGCAGAAGAGAUAUCAGAAGAACAUUUCAGUGCCACCUAUCCAAAUGUCCGAACAUUGGCUAUUAAAAAGACAAGUCCGAGUUUGGGUAUUAUGAUAAUAGAAGGCAAACAUGCCGAAGUUGGACAAGGCAUAUUCAUAUCAGAUAUUCAACGAGGCAGCGCUGCAGAAGAGGCUGGCCUUGAAAUUGGAGAAAUGAUCCUGGCGGUCAAUAAAGACUCUCUAGUGGGCUCCAGCUAUGAUACGGCUGCAAACUUGCUUAAAAGAACCGAAGGGCUCGUGACAUUAGUCGUCUCAAAGCCUGGCAAAAAAGACCAAGCUCGAGCCGUCACCCCCACGCCUCCAUCGCAACCAAAUGCUGAAGACGUGGGAAAGGCCACUUUGAAAACUCCUACAACGCCUUCUAGGCCUACUACACCUGUACCUGAACCUCCAGCGGAUCCCUUAUCCUGUUCGAUAGUCCCAGGGAGAGAUACUGUGAUUGAAAUAAAUACCAACGAUGAGGCCCUUGGUAUUUCGUUCAUUGGGGGAAAAGACACCGUUAUAAAUAAUGCCAUUAUUCUGACGGAAAUUUAUCAAGGCGGGGCCGCAGAUAAGGAUGGCCGGCUGCAAGAGGGCGACCAAAUUGUUGAAGUCAAUGGAACUUCUCUUAGGGAAAGUACAAACACAACUGCAUCUCAAGCUUUGAGACAAACACUGCCAAAGAUGAAAAUCAUUGUAUUUCGACCAACCAAUGUAGAAUAUUCUCCGAUGGAAGUGGAGUUAGUUAAGAAACCUGGAAAAGGACUCGGAUUAAGUAUUAAUGGAAAGAAAUCGGGGAAAGGUGUCUACAUUGCUGAUAUUGUACCCGGAACGCCAGCAGAACUAGAUGGUAGAAUAGCAAAAGGCGACAUUUUAAUAGCCGUCAAUGGGCAAAAUGUGGAGAAUGUGACGAGCGGAGAAGCAGGGGCCAUAUUAAAGACUGCGAUGGGUAAAGUUUCGUUGAAACUGCAUAGAUAUAAGCCAAGUACAAGUAAUCAACAACCUUAACUAGGCGAUUAGUUCUCUUAGAAAUCGUAGUUCCAAAUAAUGUUUCCUUAUUACGGCAAGUCGUCGUCUUCAGCUUGUAUGGAAAAAUGGUAAGAUUUUAGAAUUACUACAUGCCACUAUGACUGAUUACCUAUUACUGUUACUGAUGAGAAACUAACUUUAACGUUUCAGUUGUGGAACGAAUAUUAUGAUUGCUUUAUUUUCCCCUAACUAGAGACUUUAAAUAGCCUAUUCAUUGUCGAAUAUAUUUAAUUAGGUACUAUGUAAUGAGCAAUUUAAAAAUUUCUAAAGUGUUGUUUUUAAUAUAUCGUUGUUAGUUAUGCUACGAGCUAAAUGUUAUUAGUUAAUAACCUGUGAGUUAUUCAUGAUCAAGUAGUUAUAGUAAGGCUGCUCUUUUAGAGUCUCGAUUGAGCCGAUCCAUCAGCCACACCUAUUUUCAUAAGGCAACAAGACACACCAUUUUAAUUAACGUUCAGCAAUCGACACCUUAAGGAGACAGCCUCUGAUAAGUCGCAGAUCAUCAAUUAUUUUAAAGCAAGUGUGAUAUUCAUGUCCUGUACGCCGAAGCGUUACGAAAUUAGCCCCUUCUGUAGAAGAAUGCCUCGAGGGGGUAUAGAAUUAAAGAAAUAUUACGAAA